GUUUCGACCCGUUUCGACUAGAGUUGAUUGAACAGACAUAUUGUUUACUCUAUUCAUUCAAAUUUAUGGAAUUUCAAUUGAAUAAUGUUAAAUUCUAAUUCCAAAAUGCCAGACGCCGCAGACUCCACGCGAAAGCAAUCUGCUCCGGGUGAUGGUAUUCGAUCAAUGCGCUCGACCAACGUUUUUAGGGCUAUCAAUUUUGAAUUAUACGCCAAACCAAAUGUUGUGAUUAUGGGGAUUGGACUGGUGGCCGUUGGAAUCACUUUUGGAUAUAUUGCUUAUAUGCGCUCUAAGUACGAAAACCUUGGAUAUUACACUGCUAUCCAGGAAGAUGGAAAAGAAGUGUUUGUCAAAAGAAAGUCAAAAUGGGAUUGAUUCCACCGAGAAUCCGUUUGAAUUCUUCAUCGUCAUUGAAAUUCAAAGUCAUGAAACGAAGUUAGUUUUACGUAAAUAGCACAAUAAAUAUUGGAAAUAUACGUAUGGCAUACUGGCAUUGAAUGAUAAAUACAAAAUAAAAAAAAUUAAAAUAUUUAA